CACCGAAAUAUUUUUGUUCAUUUCUUGUUAAAUAUAGCAACAAACUUGGAAAGUUAACUCUAAAAUUGGAAAACUACAUGGAUGGCAGCCAUUUUAUAUUCCAACUAGAUUAUAUUUUAGUUAUUUUAGGUAUAAUCAAUCAGUCCAUAGGUUAACAAGUCUAUGCAUAUUAUGACAAGACUGACAGAUGUCAUCCACAUGUCAUGAACGUCAUCAUCAGCAUGAAGUUAUUUUGGUUGGUUAAUUUUUAACCUCGAAAAAUUAGUUAUUUUCUUCCAUUUAACAUGUGAAAGGAAUACAACACAACAAGAAUUAAAACAAGUUCGAUUUAAUUUGAUCUUUCUAUAAAAAGAGGAGAACGUGCUAAAGUUCUCGAUAAACAGAAUGUCUUCAGAUCUAUUGUCAAGUCUUCGAUUGGUUACAAAUUCGCCUAAUAAAAUUAUUGCGGUGAAAGAAAUCAACCACUGUGACAGUUCUUUUAUUGUAAGUUCUUUCUUGGGCCACUGGAUCAAGCAUAAAAAUGUUGUAAUUAUUAUAUCAACCCAUAAUUCCUUAAGACACUAUCAACUAGUAGGCCUAAAGAUGAAUUAUAAUCUACAAAAAUAUGUAGACGCUGGCACUGUAUUAUUUUACAAUUUAGGGGAAGAAGUUGUCUCAGGCUUAAUGAGCAAUGAACAGAAUACACUACAAAAUCACUUUAUGAAGUUGCAACAGAUGAUAGAAAAGUUGCAAGAAAUUUCUAGUGUAACUAAUAUUGUUUUUGAUGGAAUAUCACAUUUAUUUGAUCUUAAUUUUUCUCUUAAUGAUGUGAAUAGUUUUAGUAACAAUAUUAUCAAGCUAAGUAGAACCAUAGAAAACUCUUGUGUAUUAUUUCAUUGUAAUAUAUCAAGUGAAGAUGAUGUGACGUAUUUAAUGGCUAAUUUAUUAUCUCAUAAAGCAAACACUGUAAUGGAAAUAGAAAAUUUACCUUCAGGUCUAAGUGCAGAUGUAUCAGGCCAUUUAAUAAUAAGGUACCCAGGAAUGAAAUUUGAGGAUGAACAUAUGUUUACACUAGAGCAAAGAUCUGUUAAAUAUUUGUUUAAACUCUUUGAUAGAGGAGUAAAAUUAUUUGCUCCAGGUACAGUCUGAUUUUGGAAGUUUUUUGUUUUUAUCAAAGUGUAAUUUGCAUAAAUAUUGUUAAAUAAAUUUAAAGUUAUAUAAAA